GGUUCUCCGGUGGCGGCAACUUGUUAUAUAAACUGAUCCCGACCCCUCCCGACGAGUGAACUCAAGACUUUGUUGCCUUUUCGAGAGCUUUUGGAGUGCGGUAAAAGCCAUUUUGCUUCUUCCUUACAAAAGUCACUUAUAACUGGAGUCAUGGAAGCUCACGAAUAUGAACACCAAGAGCCAUUUCUUCGAUUUUAGAGAAAUUAUGAACACCGAAACUUUAUUGGUUGAUUCGGGGUUUGCUUGAGUGGUUUUUUUUUUCUUCAUAAAGUUAUUUAAUUAUAGUGAGUGAGUGAGUGAGAGAAGGAGAGAGCGAAGGGGAGAGUUUAGCGAUGGGAUUGUUUUCGACUGGUCCGCCGAUUAAACGAAGAGCAGGACUACGGAUUAAGCAGGCGGGUCGAGCUUCGUACAGGGGCAGCUAGGGUGUCGUUGUGUUUUGUCGUUGUGGUUUGUUUUUGAAUGUGAUUGAUCGCGUUUGUUAGUUUAAUAUUUGAGAGUUAAAAGAGAUGGGGACUACUGCUCUGAGGCAGUUAUUGAAGAGCAUCUGCAGCAAUUCGCUUUGGAAUUAUGGGGUCUUUUGGAAGCUGAGGCAUCAGACUGAUUUGAUUUUGAGAUGGGAGGAUGGCUACUGUCACCAACCGAAACCGAGAGAAACUGUGGAUGAUGCAACAGAUAACUUUUACUUUGGUGAGACGAAUGAGAUAACUUUCAAGAAGUGUGCAACAAGGAUACCCGACCAUGGAUCUACUGGCUAUUCAAUUGGACUUGCAGUGGCUGAUAUGUCACAUAUUCAGUACACAUUUGGAAAGGGGAUUGUCGGUGAGGUUGCAAGUACUGGUAACCAUAGCUGGGUGUUCCUCAAUUGUUUGCGCACCAGUAAAUCUGACUCGAACUUGGUUCCGGAUUGUCCAGAUGAAUGGUUGGUUCAGUAUGCAUUGGGUGUGAAGACAAUUUUGCUUGUACCUGUACUUCCACAUGGAGUUUUGCAAUUUGGCUCCUUGGAAACGGUUGCUGAAGAUCUGGCAGUAGUUGUUUUCAUGAAAGAUAGAUUCAAUGAUAUUCCUAAUGUCAUGGGGAAAGCUGUAUCUUCCAACAUAAUUCGGAGCAUUCAAGCUCCACAUUCUUGGUCACAAUCAUCUGGUUUAAGGGAGAACACAUAUGAGUCAACAACUGUUGGCAUUAACCCUCUGAAAGUUGAAAGGUCAGAAGAUUUUGAUGACCUCGGACAGAAUAAUACCACACUAUUGACUUUGGAGCAGUUCAUGCAAUUACCAACCAUUGACGAUCCAAUAUUUGGAAUAGAAUCAUCAGUUUUUAAGGAUGCAGGUGAAUGUGAGAUUGGUGGUCCGACAGUUUUUUCUACUAAAGAACCAUAUACAGUUAAUCAGUCUUCAGAUCCAAGUCUGCUGGAUAUGCUAGAAAAUCAGCUGUUCGGUUUUUCUUGUCAAGAGGAAGAACUAGUUGCCUUUCCUCAGAAUGGCAUUUAUAAUUUUGGAGUUUUUGGAGAAUCCUUAUAUGGCUUCAAUUCUUACAUUGCUGGAAGUGUAGCAGAUACAAGUCACAACAGUAUGAAUAAUAUUUUUGAAUUUCUUGAAACUAGUGAGCUACACAAACCACUUGAAACAUCUUUCCAGAGGCCAACCGAUGAACAGUUGUGGGAUUUAUCCAUCUCCAUUGAUGAUACAUGUAGCAGCUCUGGUGUACAGAAAGAUCUUAUUAGCAGCAUUAACCCAUCAUGGUUCUCCAACGCAUGUGAUCCUGAGAACUUUUUGGAAGCUUCAGUAGCCAAAGAUGACACAUCAUUUAGCAUAUCUGAUGGUAUUAAAUCAUGUACAACCUCUUCAAGACAAUCUUCAGGUCCCUAUAAACAACUGAAAUUUGAAGAGGGUGCCACGAUGGAAUGUGAACCACUGAUAUGGAGCCAUACAUCUGCUUUGCCUGCCAGAUGCAAGACUUCAUCUUCUUUCACAGGCACAAUGAACACUGUGGUUGACAAUCAGCAUGAAGAUAAGGGAUACACUCCUACACCGUCUAUAAAGGAGCACAAGUUGUCCGGCACCAAUGCAAGAAGGGCCAAAUCUGGAUAUAGUCCCAAGCUAAGACCAAGAGAUAGACAGCUGAUUCAGGAUCGUGUCAAGGAACUUCGGGAACUUGUCCCAAAUGGUGCCAAGUGCAGCAUUGAUGGCCUCUUGGACCUAACAAUAAAACACAUGACGUAUUUAAGAAGCAUGACUGAUCAAGCUGAAAAAUUGAAGCCCUAUGAACAUCAAGAUCAAGAGGCAACUGGUUGCAACAAUACAAAUGUGACCCCAAGCAGUUCCUCAAAUGGGACAAGCAGGGCUUUUGAACUUGGAGGUGAACUCCAGAUUAGUCCCAUUGUAGUAGAAGAUCUUGAACACCCGGGCCAUAUGCUCAUAGAGAUGUUAUGUGAUGAACAUGGGCUCUUCCUUGAAAUCGCCCAAGCUAUCAGGCGGUUGGAGUUAACAGUGUUGAAGGGUGUGAUGGAAACCCGAUCAAACAACUUAUGGGCACAUUUUGUUGUUGAGGUUCCCAGGGGUUUUCAUAGGAUGGAUGUGUUCUGGCCUCUUCUACAUCUACUGCAACGCAGAAGAAGUUCCUUGUCAAGCAAGAUCUGAUGAGUUGAAAGACCAGAUAACAAAGUUAAGACCGUGGAAAUAUCUAGUGCAAUGUAAAUGAAUCACUACAAGUACUUAUAAUUUGUGUACAAACUCGGAGAAAUCCAUCUGUUAUUUGCCGUCUAAAGACUACUAGCUUCUAAUAA